AUGUCACACAGAGACAUGCUCUGUCACGUAGCAAGACGCUCUAUCACAACGACUCUCCGCAACACGAUCUGUCACCUAGCGACGCGGCAUCAUCACCUAGCGACGCGGCGUCGUCACCACACCUGCUCGGCGUCGUCACCACACCUGCGCGGCGUCGUCACCAUACCUGCCCGGCAUCGUCACCACACCUGCUCGGCGUCGUCACCACACUGCCUCCCAUAUCAAUACGUCCCGCCUCGCUCGGUAGAUGGCCCUGCCGACGGAUACGCGGGACCAGCAGCCGCUCCCAGCCUCCCAUAUCAAUACGUCCCACCUCACUUGGUAGAUGGCGCCGCCGCUCCCAACCUCCCAUCUCAAUACGGCCCGCCUCGCUCGGUAGAUGGCGCGGGCGACUAUGCGAGACAAGCUGUCGCUCCCAACAUCCCAUCUCAAUACAUCCCGCCUCGCUCGGUAGAUGGCGCCGCUGCUCCCAACCUCCCAUCUCAAUACAUCCCGCCUCGCUCGGUAGAUGGCGCCAGCAGCGGCUACGCGGGCACGCUGUCGAUCGUUCCGCGCGGUCGCCUCGGCAACCAGAUGUUCCAGUACGCCGCGCUGUACGGGCUGGCCGCCGCGACUGGCCUCGCCCCGUUCAUCUCUCCGCACAUGAACAUCAGCCGCGUGUUCGAGCUGUCGCUGCCCGUGCGCGAUCCUCCGCCGAAGACGUCGCGAGACGACAUACGCGUCGUCUGGAAGGCGUUCGACUCCGCGCUGUUCCGGCUGCAGCCGCAGCGCGACUACGUGCUGCUGAUGGGAUACACGAACUCGUGGCUCUACUUCGACCACGUGCGCGAACGCGUGCGCCGCGAGUUCACGUUCGCGCCGGCGAUCCGCGACCGCGCGUGCGCCUUCCUCGCCGCGCAGCGCCCCCUGGCGAGCGGGGAACCGGCGACGUACGUCGGCGUGCACGUGCGAGCGGACGACUAUCGGAAGUGGCUGGCGAACAACCGCGGGCUGGGUGCGGACGAGCGGUACGUGCACGCGGCGAUGGACUACUUCCGCGGCAGGUACGCCAACGCCCUCUUCGUCGUCUGCAGCGACGACAUCGACUGGUGCAAGCGCCACCUGGCGACCGAUCGCGGCGACGCCGUCUUCAGCGACGUCGGCCACGCGGCCGAGGUCGAUCUGGCGGUGCUGUCCAGCUGCAACCACACGAUCAUGACGCAGGGCAGCUUCGGCUGGUGGGCGGGAUACCUCGCCGGUGGCGAAACUCUCUACUUCUCCGAUUACUUCCAGCCGGACGCGAGGCAGAUCAAGCUGGGCUUCAAGUACGAGUACAAGUACCCGCCGCACUGGAAGUACAUAGCUCCGAGUGCACUGCCAUCUAGCGACGACAUUAGCAAGCAUAACCUCGGACAAUAGUGGUUUAUUUUCUUGGUUGAUGUGAUAAGAUCUGAGCAAGUCAUCAGUUUUUAUUGAUGGUCUGACCAUGUAUGUGUACUUAUAUAACACGACAUGUAUGUGUAUGUAUAAUGUAUGUAUGAUGUACUUAUAUAUCGGUGUUCAGGGAAAGCGGCAGCUAGACAAUCUCUGAAACAGAAGGGAAAGGAAUCUGGUUUCUCCUCUUAGCAAUACAAUCAUAUAACUUUAUGUGACUGA